AUGUUGGCUCGCCCUUGUAUGCGCGCCCUUAGCAGGGCCAGACCCGCUCGCGUGUCGGCGGCAGCAGUGUGCAGAGCAGCUGUCCGUCCGGCCCUUGCUAGCGGCUAUGCCACUGUCUCCAAGAGCACCCGUCAUGAAGAGACAUCGGCUCGCUCGGCCGUUAUCAAUGUGCUUCAAAACCUUGGAUCCAAGCGCGAGGUCCAGCAAUACCUCUCGCAGUUCCAGUCUGUCUCGUCGCAAAAGUUCGCCGUCAUCAAGGUUGGCGGUGCCAUCCUCACAGACUACAUCGAUGUUCUCUGCAGCUCGCUGCGCAACCUCAACCAGAUGGGCCUGUUCCCCGUCAUCAUUCACGGAGCUGGUCCUCAGAUGAACAAGUUGCUCGAGCAAGCCGGAAUUGAGCCUCAGUACAGCGAGGGUAUCCGUAUUACCGAUGGCCCUACACUCGGCGUUGCGCGCAAGUUGUUCCUCGAGGAGAACCUCAAGCUCGUCGAGGCUCUUGAGUCAUGGGGUGUUCGUGCUCGUCCCAUCACCUCGGGCGUGCUUAUGGCCGACUACAAGGACAAGGACACAUGGAAGUUUGUUGGAGAGGUCAACCAGGUCAACACUGACCCUAUCAAUGCCGCCAUUGCCGACAACUACAUUCCCGUUCUCACCUGCAUGGCUGAGAACACCGAGGGUCAGCUCCUCAAUGUCAAUGCUGACAAGGCUGCUGCUGAGUUGGCUAAGGCUCUUGUCCCUCUCAAGAUUGUCUACUUGUCUGAAAAGGGAGGUCUGCACAACAAGGAUACUGGCAAACUGAUCGAGGCCAUCAACCUUGAUGAAGAGUAUGACCGCUACAUGAACAUGCCCUGGGUCAUUCACGGCACCCGCUCCAAGAUCCGAGACAUCAAGGACCUCCUUGACCACCUGCCUCGCUCAUCCAGUGUUGCCAUCAUCCACCCCGAGAGUCUCGAGCGCGAGCUGUUCACUCACACCGGUGCCGGAACCUUGAUUCGUCGUGGUACCAAGCUUCACAAGGCUUCAUCGCUCUCUGAGUUCUCCGACGUGAACAAGCUUAAGCAGGUUCUUGUCCGUGAUCGUGAGGGCCUUGACGCCGAGGCCGUCGUCGACCGCUACCUUGACAGCCUCAAGGGCAAGACUUUCGCUGCCUACCACGAUGAGGGCAUGGAGGCUCUUGCUGUUGUCCUCCCUCCUGACUCGUCCUCUCCUAACGGUUUGGCUCACUUGGCUACUCUGACCAUGACCCGUGCUGCAUGGCUUUCCAACAUCGCCGACAAUGUCUUCCAGAACCUGAAGAACGACUACCCUAAGCUUGUUUGGACCGUCAAGCAGGACGAUGAGAACCUGACUUGGUUCUCCGAGAAGGCAGAUGGCAGCAUUGCCCGUCAGGGUGAGGUUCUCUUCUGGUACGGUAUCGAGACUCCCGAGGAAGUGCGCGAAUUGAUGGCCGAGUUUAUUCAACACGGCAGACAAAUGUUUGGCGACAACAACCUCGAGAGCCAGCUCCACCGCGCUGCAUCCGGCGCUCUGAGAAUCAAGGAUGUUGCACAGAAGCUGCAGCAGCACAGAGAAUCGCUCGGACAGCAGACCAGAGCUUUCUCUACUAGCUCUUUCUCCUCGCGCAACAUGCAGCGUGUCCGCAGCACCUUCGGCACCCCCACCAGACGUGGCUAUGCUACUACCACUAACCCCAACCCUCCUCUUGGUAUCAAGAACCAGGACAAGGACUACCCUUCGAAGGUUGCUCUCAUCGGUGCCCGUGGUUACACUGGUCAGGCUCUGAUUGAUCUCCUGAACCGUCAUCCCAACAUGGAUCUGCGCCACGUCUCUUCGCGUGAAUUGAACGGCAAGAAGCUUGCUGGUUACACCAAACGCGAGAUCACAUACGAGAACCUCUCUCCUGAUGAUGUUCGUCGCAUGGCUGAUGCUGGUGAGAUUGACUGCUGGGUCAUGGCUCUGCCCAACGGUGUUUGCAAGCCUUUCGUCGAUGCCAUCGAGGCUUCAAGCCACAAGGAGUCUGUCAUUGUCGAUCUGUCCGCCGACUACCGCUUUGACUCAUCAUGGACUUACGGUUUGCCCGAGCUCGUCAAGCGUAGCAAGAUUGCCGGCGCUACCCGUAUCGCCAACCCUGGAUGUUAUGCUACUGCUGCCCAGCUCGGCAUUGCUCCUUUGGUCCCUUACCUCGCAGCAGCCCCUGCAAACCCCACUGUUUUCGGUGUUUCUGGUUACUCAGGAGCAGGCACCAAGCCCAGCCCCAAGAACGAUGUAGAGAACCUUACCAACAACCUGAUUCCUUACAGUUUGACCGAUCAUAUCCACGAGCGCGAGAUCAGUGCUCAACUUGGACGUGAGAUCGGCUUCAUUCCCCACGUCGCUGUCUGGUUUGCUGGUAUCCACCACACCAUCUCUAUCCCUCUGGCCGAGACCAUGGCUUCCCGUGACAUCCGCCAGCUUUACCAAGACCGCUACAACGGUGAGAAGCUUGUCAAGGUUAUUGGCGAGAGUCCUCUGGUGAAGAACAUCUCCGGCAAGCAUGGCGUUGAGAUUGGUGGCUUUGCUGUGCACAGCGGUGGCAAGCGUGUCGUGAUUAACGCCACAAUUGACAACCUGCUCAAGGGUGCUGCCACUCAGUGCUUGCAGAACAUGAACCUCGCUCUGGGCUACGCUGAGUAUGAGGGUAUCCCGCUGGCAUAG